ACUGUGGGCUGAGGUAGGAAACGCAAUCUCACGCAGCCAGCGCAGAGUCCCUUGUUCAAGAAACGCAUUUUCUGCUGCGCAACACAUCUUAUUUUUCGCUACAAUGUCGAUGACAGUGAAAGCUUACCUUAUCGGUAAGGACGACUGCAACAAGGAGAUCCGCCGCUUUGCCGUGGAUCAGGAUGUCUCAACAAGUUUCGAGUAUUUGAAGAGAAAAGUGCUCGAUGUUUUCGUCGGUCUCAGGACUGCGCCCUUUCAAAUGUCCUAUAAAGAUGACGAUGGUGACAUGAUUGCUUUCUCCUCUGACGAUGAGCUAAUGAUGGGUUUGGCUCUUGUGAAGAAUGACACUUUCCGUGUCUACAUCAAACAAAGAAAGGAGCACAAACGUGAUCCCUCACCUCAUGGGGUCCCUGGGUUCUCAUUCCCCCUGCCUCACUUUAGCCCCCCAGGACCUAAUCCUAUGGGUCCACCUCCAAUGGGUCCCCCAGGAGGACCUCACAUGGGGCCUCAUCCUCAUCACCCUGCAAUGCUGCACCGAGGGGUGACCUGUGACGGGUGCGAAGGGCCGGUGGCUGGAACACGUUUCAAGUGCACCGUUUGCCCCGAUUAUGACUUGUGCUCCUCCUGCCAGGCCAAAGGCCUCCACAAGGAGCAUGCUCUCCUGCCCAUCUUUCACCCCAUGGCCAACAUGUUUGAGUGGAUCCCACGUGGGAAGAUUUGGCGUAAGAUGAGACACUGCAUGUGGGCAAAUACCCAGGCUCAGGCUCAAGCCCAAGCCCAAGCCCAAGCCCAAAACCAGGCUCAGCCGGACUCAUCUGGAGUCCAGCAAAACCAGGAUGCUUCUGAAAACAUGAGAGAGAACGGUGCUACUGAUCCUUCCCAGGCUAAUAUGGAGUACCUAAAGAACAUUGGCGAGGGAGUGGCGGCCAUGUUGAGCCCCUUUGGCAUAGAUGUGGACAUCGACGUUGAGCAUGAGGGGAAGCGUACCAAAGUUACACCAACUCCUCCUGCCUCCAGUGGGCCACCCAGUGCUCGGAGUGAGAAUGGCUCCAUUCUCUCCAGAGGGUCUGGUCCAGGAAGCCAGGCCACUGAAGAGAGCAUCAGUGAGGGAACAAAGGGGCAGAAAGACCAAGGCAGUGAUGAGGAAUGGACUCAUCUCAGCUCUAAAGAGGUGGACCCCUCCACAGGAGAGCUGCAGUCCCUCAGGUUGGAGCAGGAUGGGACAGAUCUUCCAGCCCCGCUAAGUACAGACUCCAGCACAAGCGCCUCUGAGGGUCCCACUGGUCUGCGUGAGGCAGCUCUCUACCCACACCUUCCUCAAGAUGCAGACCCCAAGCUGGUGGAGUCUCUUUCUCAGAUGCUCUCCAUGGGCUUCACUGAUGAGGGUGGAUGGUUAACCAGACUACUCCACACCAAGAAUUUCGACAUCGGAGCUGCCCUGGAUACCAUCCAGUACUCCAAAUCCAGCCCACAGAAGUAGAGAAGGAGCACAGGAAUAAAGAAGACCUGGGCCAUAACUAAUAAUAUUUGAGACUUCUGGCCUAUUUUCUAUUAACAAAGUCUUUCCAUACUUUUUCAAUGACAAAUUCUUUACGUAAAUGUUAUCAACAAUAUCAAUUACUCAGGUGACUGGCACGUAGUUAAGUUCAUUAUUGGGCUUUUAUGCAAAAUAGAUAUAUUCAGCAUUUCUGUCAUUAACACUACACCUCAUGUUAUAAAGAUUAUUAUCAUUGUAUAUGCAUAUUACAUAUAAAAGUAGAGGUCUACAUUUGUAUGAUUUUUCUAUUUGCAUUUACCAGUAAGAAGAGUUUGUAGGCGAACAGAAACCUGGGGGUAUUUUUAUUGUUAGUUUGAAUAAACAGAUGGAAUCAGGUUAACGUCGCUGUAGGUCUUCUAAAAUUCCUGUCCUUUCUAUCCAAAAUAAAAAAAAUAAAAAAAAUAAAAA